AUGGAGCACGAGACAGUGAAAUCUUAUUUUGAAAACAUCUUCAUCCCACAGAAGAGGGCUGAGAAUGAUCCUAGCAAGUAUGAUAUAUCAUCCCUGAAUGCUCAAGACUACCAGUCCCCGAGAUGGUGGAGUUUGCGAUGGGGAUGGACAGCCUUCAUUCCCAGAUCUCUGCCUUUCUUUGGGCCGCUUUUUGGAUUCCUUGCGCACACACCUCAUGUUUACCCCGUGAAAGAGCCUGAAGAAGGCUACAAGCUGCCUGUGUGGGUCAUUGAAGAAAUGGAGAGGUUGGAGGAAGAUUUAGCUUGUGCUAUUUGCUACCUGUGUGCUCAACUCAGGAUGGCCAUCAUCAAGCCCGUACUACCAUUUGCCUUUGGGUACAAGAAGCUUCACAAAACUGCCACUGCUGCUCUGCAUUCAUUCGAAAAGGCACGUGACUGGUACAUCAUCUGGAUGGGCAUGUUUUCCCCCUUACCACACCAGAUGCAGGAAGCAGCGACUUUCCUUGUUGUUCAGCCAACAAUGGAACCUACCGCGAUCUCGGAAGAAGUGGACGACAAUCUGAAUAUCAAGUCACUCCAGCAUACUGAUCAGAUGGCCGUAAUAUCAUCGGCUGAUGCCAGUGUUGAAAGGACUGUUGCUGCUGCCUCAUCUUCCAUCGUCGCUGAUCCAGGAUCUUCCGAGCCACGGACAUCAGAAUACGUCACCUGGCAGGAAUUUUUUCAAUGCCGUGAGAAGGCCAACGAGGGCAUUAUGGAGAAUGAAAGUGCUGAUGACAAGCAGAGGAGGCUCAACCGAGAGUGGCGUCCUCCUACCCAUAAGUAUGACAUUUGCGAGGAAUUUGGGCCUGGGCGAGAGUACAACUCAGAUGACGACGGAUCUGAUUACCCUGGUACCUACAAAAUCACAGAGGAACAACUGAACGCUGCUGUCGCUUUGGACGUGGCUCAAAUUCCUGACUCCAACCCUCGGUCACCAUGUGUUGAGCACCAAGAUCAUGAAAGCCAUGUCUCUGAUUGGACCCUUGCAGCUCAGGAACUGUCCAAGUUAGUUAACUUGGAGCAAGGACAUGAUAUUUUUGAGGAGGAAAUUCUGGAAACAGUCCGAGUGUGGUUUGGCUUCAUCCUCCCGGACACCGGUACCCUCUCUUCGAUCAAAUCCUUGUCAGCAGAGAAUGACCAGAAGAAUUUCCUGAAGCUCCUAGGUUUUCCUUGGAUAGCAGCCUCAAAAGAGACCCUUUUCCACCCAUCCAUUGCGGCAGCUGCCAGGUUCUUGAAAAAGCUUAUCUCAAAAGAGAAAAUCCAGGAUGUUGAAUGGGACCUUGGAACUGGCCAUCAUCGUUCUCUAUCUAUCAAUCGACGUUUCGCCUGCAUCAGGGUGGUGCAUCCAGACGGGGACAAGUCGAAGUCACUCUAUUUGUUUGACUUCGGAGCUAGAGCAACUGAGCCAUGGAAAAUUUGCAUGAUGUCGGUGUCCCAUGCCUUGAUGCUUUGUCGUUUGGAUCUGCAAUGGAAGGAGUAUGAGCUUGCACAUUACCUUGUUCAGAAUGGAAUCCCAUUCCGAACUUUGCAGCUUUCAUCAACAGUCCGUCGAGCCCCUAUCGUGUCCAAGCUGCAACAAAAGCACCCUUUUCACCCUCCAUCAUACACUUUCACGAUCGACGAUUAUCAUGCAUACCUGGACAGAUGUGGAGAACUCCUCAAAUCUCCCCAUGGAAGGGCAGCCUUGCUGACAGGAGGAUAUAUAUGGAGAAUUGCAAUAUCCAGCGUCAGCUUGGACUCUGUGAUGUUGGGUCCAACAGGUUGGUCAACAAAGCCAGAGGAGAUGUUGGUUGUCCGGGAACCUUCUACUGGCAAAGAAUACAUCGAUGAUCAACUCACCGAACACGAGCUUGAAAUCUUGUCGGGCCUCAACAUUUGCAUGAUGGGUAAGGCCAAUUCAAUGAGUGUGAUGAGCCACUAA